AUGAGAUUAAGGAUUAUCAUCCGGCAGUGGAGCCAGAACGCAUGGCAAAAGGUGUGGAUUGAGACAUUGAGAGAGACUUGUGGAUUACAGUACCUCAAUCUCGUCGAGCAACAAGAGAAUCUUCUCGAGUCGGAGGUCCGGAUUCUCGAGGUUAUGGUCUUUAUACCAGGUGCAGAGUCGAAUCGUCGCCCAAUCACGACGUUGUUCCAUCUUCUUGACGGUCUCCUCGGUCACAUGAGAAUUGUCUGGAAAUUUGCAGUUUUCAUUCAGCACCUUCUCGCUUCAAACUCUAAAUUAUGA